AUGACGGCGGGGAACGUUCAGUUUGACUCAGUAGCGUUAUGGGUUCAGAUUUGGGGGGCACCUUUUGAUAUGGCCUCCCCAACAGUUGCAGCGGAGAUAGGAAGCCGGUUAGGGAGAGUGGAGGAGGUUGAGAAGCGCCAAAAGUUGGAGACUCAGAACAUGUUCAUGCGGGUUAAAGUGGCUAUCCCGAUAUCAAAACCAAUACGUAGGGGUGGAUUCAUUGCAGGGACAGAUGGGCAGCGUACAUGGGUGACGUUUAGAUACGAGCGUCUCCCUAUGUUUUGUCAUUGGUGUGGAUUAAUGAGACAUGACCUGAAGCAUUGUGCGUUGCAUUUUGCUGCAUUGAAGAAUGGAGGUUCGGUGACAUGCCAAUAUGGAGAAUGGCUGAAGUCUACCGGCGGCUGGCCUCGGUCACCUUCAAGGAAGGAUACUACUCAUAAAAACACGACCCAAGGAAAUGAAGAAGCUGACCGACGUUGGAAUAAUACCAGUGAAGGGAGGGAGGCGGCGGAGGAUGAUAACAGAGGCUCAAUAAACCCUAGGGAUAGCGACAACAGCAAAAAAGGAAAGAGCAUGGAAUCAGGGAGCAGUCCGGAUUUUACGGAGCAAUCAAUUACAGAUAUGGUGGUUACGGAGUUGGAGAAUUCAAACUCCAACGGCUCUGCAAUUACACGGACAGAGAAUGCUGAGCACGUGGACAUCAAAAAGAAUAAUGGGCCUCACUUUGCCAAGCCUAGGCCCACUUGGACUAGGAUUGCACGGAUGGAUCAUGGACCUGGGGAUUUAGUUACUGAGGAGCCCGUGGCUAUGUUAGGGAAGAGAGGGGUGUACCAGGAUGUUCAGGAAACAGAGGAAAGCAUAGAAAAACAGAGCAGGAAACGUAGCAAGUCUCAGACCAGUUCUCAAUGUUAUACAACGACGGGGUGUGAAAAGAUUGUUGCUGAAGCUUGGUCCAAAGAUUGGAGAGCACCGACCUCGCUGGCAAACACAAAGGAAAAGAUUGGGCAUUGUGGGGCCGAAUUGCUUGCCUGGGGUUCUUCUAGGACCCAUCCUAAUGCCAAGGAAAUUAAAAGAUUGCAGAAACAUGUGGAGCAGUUGAGUGUUGGGGUUAUGACUGAGGGGAGCAAGGCAGAAUUCUUGGUUGCUAGUAAAAAGCUUGACGAUUUGUUACUCAAACAGGAGAUAUAUUGGGCACAAAGAUCUCGGGUUAAUUGGCUGAAGUACGGGGAUAGAAAUACUAAAUUUUUCCACUCCAAAGCCUCACAAAGGCGUCGGAAAAAUUUUAUUAAGGGAGUUAGAGAUCAACAAAACAAUUGGGUGGAGGAAAUUGAGGAUAUUGCCGGUGUUAUAACAAAUUAUUUUGAGACUAUUUUUGAAGCAGGUGAUUGUAGCAAGAUGGAGGAGUGUCUAAGUGUAGUUCCCCAAAAGGUGACGAUGGAUAUGCAGGAGAUUUUGUCCAGAGAAUACAGUGCAGAGGAAAUUAAGGCAGUAUUGUUCCAAAUGGGACCAACUAAGGCUCCUGGCCCCGACGGUAUGAAUGCUUUGUUUUAUCAAAAAUUUUGGCAUAUUGUUGGUAAUGAUGUCAUUGCUGUUGCACUUGAUUUUCUAAAUUCUGGAAUUAUGGUACCCGAAAUAAACUAUACUCAUAUUGUGCUCACUCCAAAAGUUAAUUCACCGGAAAAGAUAUCAGAUUAUAGACCUAUUAGCCUAUGUAAUGUUAUUUACAAAAUUAUUUCAAAAGUGUUGGCUAACAGGUUGAAGCAGAUUCUCCCUCAUGUGAUUUCUACUUCCCAAAGUGCUUUUGUCCCUGGUCGUCUCAUCUCUGAUAAUGUCCUUGUGGUAUAUGAAACUCUCCAUGCUAUGCACUGUAAGAAGAAUGGGAAAAAAGGCGGUUUAGCCUUGAAACUGGAUGUCAGUAAGGCAUAUGAUCGUGUUGAAUGGUCUUUCCUUAGGGGCAUCAUGUCCAAACUGGGGUUUCCUGAUACAUGGGUUGACAGAGUAAUGAGUUGUGUAACUACUCCUUACUUCUCAGUUCACAUAAAUAGCAAAGCUUAUGGAAAUAUUGUCCCAACUAGGGGGCUUCGCCAAGGUGACCCGUUAUCCCCAUACUUGUUCCUUUUGUGUGUUAAGGGAUUUACUUCCUUGAUUACUAAAGCAGAAGAGGAGGGGAAGCUUCAUGGUGUUUCAAUUUGUAGAAGGGCGCCAUCCGUUUCUCAUCUUUUAUUCGCUGAUGACUCUCUCUUGUUCUGCCAAGCUACUCAUGAUGAGGUGAGAACUAUUCUGGAAUUAUUACAAUUAUAUGUUGAAUCCUCUGGACAAUGCAUUAAUAUGGAUAAAUCCUUAGUCUAUUUUAGUAGUAAUGUGGAGGAGGAGCGAAGACAACGGAUUAAGGAGUUGUUAGGGGUAAAGGAGGUGGAAAGGUUUGAAUCCUAUUUGGGGUUACCUACUUUGGUUGGCCAGGCAAAAUACCAAACAUUCUCAUUUCUAAAAGAUAGAGUGUGGAAAAAAAUCCAAGGGUGGAAGGGUAAAUUACUCUCAAGAGCGGGUAAGGAGAUUUUGAUCAAAGCGGUGGCUCAAUCCAUCCCCACUUACACUAUGGGGGUUUUUCAACUACCUAUGAAGCUUUGUGAGGAACUAAAUGCUAUGUGUGCUAGAUUUUGGUGGGGGCAGAUUGACAAUGAAAGGAAAAUUCAUUGGAAGAAGUGGAGUGUGUUGGCUCAAUCGAAAAAGAAGGGAGGAAUGGGCUUUAGAGACCUACACAGCUUCAAUUUAGCCAUGUUGGCCAAACAAGGAUGGAGAUUACUUCAACAACAAGAGUCUUUGGUGUAUAAGUGCUUUAAAGCUAAAUAUUUUCCACGGGGUUCCUUCCUAGAAGCUACGGAUGUGCCGAAUAGUUCUUAUGUUUGGAAAAGUUUAUUAGCAGCCCAACCAAUCCUAAGGAAAGGAGGUUGUUGGAGGGUAGGCAGUGGGUCCUCUAUUCGGGUAACCAUGGAUAGCUGGAUUCCUAAUCAUCCUACACAUAGAGUGCUUCACCCACCCCGGGUGGAUGAGUGGGAAUGGAGAGUGUCCGAGCUUAUUGAUUGGAGGGUUAAAGCUUGGGAUAGGGAGCUUAUUGUUGCUGUCUUUCAUAAGGAAGAUGCUGAUGUAAUUCUUUGUAUUCCAUUGAGUAACAGGGUGGUGUCAGAUGUGUUAUUUUGGCUUCACACCAAGAAUGGAGAGUACACAGUGAAGUCGGGGUAUCAGAUAGCUAGGCUGAUUCUAAAGCAGGAGAAGGAUUUUGGGGAGUGCUCAAAGGAUGCGGGUGGUUCUCAUAUCUGGAAAUAUGUAUGGAAGAUGAAAGUGCCGAAUAAGAUACGUGUAUUUGCAUGGAGAGCUUGCCAAAACAUUCUGCCUACUCGUGAGAAUUUGUUUCGUAAGAAAGUGGCUCAAGAUGAGUUUUGUGAGCGAUGUAACCAAGCUCCCAAAUCAGUUCUUCAUGUGCUUUGGGAGUGCGGUGCAGUGCAAGACGUGUGGGCAGUUGCUCCAGGCAGAUUGCAAAAAAGUGUGCACGGAGCAGAGGGAGUUUUUGCAGUUGCUUGA